AUCGCAUAAGCAACGAUAUAUCGUCGUUGACACUUUUCGCAAAUAUAGUUAACAACGAUAUAUCGUCGUCUGAUACUAAAGGGGUUAAGACAGAAAGAUAACACACGUGAGCACGAUAAAUCUAACUACAUGCAACUGAAACAGCGAUUAGCGUAGCCUGGAAAAUAUUUAAUUAUUCCAAAGUGGAUCAUAUAAAUAAUCAGUAGCCCCCGUUCCACUUUGUUAACAAUGUAACCGAGUUGAAAAAUGCGACCACUUUAAUCCACAAUUAGUAUCCACAAUUAGUAUCACGAACGAAAGAAAAACGACGAACGGUGUAAAAGUGUGAAAAGGCCAUAAGCCGGUGACGUUGUGAUUCGAGUAACCAAGAUGUACGAUAAUAAUUGCAAGAUCCAUCUCAUUAGUACAUUCAUAGCGUUUCCUUGUUCCCGACAUUGCACAAGAAGCCGGAAGCGGCCACGGUUUCUUUUCGCUCAAUGAUACACGAGUGCAAUCACUUAUCUCGUGCACCGAACGGGCUAAUCCGUUUUGGCCAGCAAUCCCCGCAGCGUUCCACCGACGCUGUUCGAACCGGAGAAACCAGUGGCUUCCUAUUUUAAUUUCUUUCGGAUUAUCCGUGUAUGGGAAUACGUUAUUUAAACCCGAAACCAGUUGGUCCCGCUACGAGAUUAGCAUUGGCCAUUAGUACUCGUCAAAGGCAGAACUUGACCCGGCGUCGAGGUAAGUGGCAACGCCAUUUCUAUAUAUUUCAAUCAGCGAUGUAGGUCUUAUAAUUCUCGGUUACGUAGCACGGCGCUGCAAUCGCCGUAAAUUAUUGGCUUCCCUGGAUUCCUCGAUAAAGAAUCAUCGACGAGGGCCGAACGGUUUAAAGAUCGGGGAGAUCAAUUUUUCAUCACAGGCGAACCAUAUUCUAGGCUGCCCGAUGAAAGAUGAAGUUAUUAAAAUUUACAGUAAUCGCGAGGAAACGUUUAACCGUGGAUCAAACGGUAUAUCAAGAUGAUCGACUUGGACAAUGGGACGAAAAACCGAGGAACAACCAGCCAGUGACGAUAGGCGGCAAACAAACGAUAAAUCGCUCAGUGAAAAUAACGUUUUUCUUCGGGGUUUCCCUGCUCCGCUGAUUAAAGGGGUCUACUCGCGUGCUUGUUACAGUACAGACCCAUUUUCAGGCAUGAAAACCACGCUUCAUGCGAAUUCUAUCCCGCAGCGGUACUUGAUUACCUUUCAUUAGAAAAUCACAGUAAAAUCAGCGAACUGGCCUAACGGAUUUCAACUCGGGUGAAAACUAACAAACACUGGCAACAUUUUUCUCCUACUCGCUGGCGAAUAAUCCGCGGAAUAAUCCGCGGCGUAUUAAAACGAUCCGGAUGCAUCGGACCGGCUCGCAGGAUACGAAUUACGCGCGAAGGAAGUAUCUAUUUUCCGAGCCGUCUUAUUAAUGCACGAAGGAGGAGGCUUUACGAAGAAGAAGGCUUGCUUGGAAUUUCACCUUUUACCUCGACGAGCCGGCCAAUUCUGGCGAUGCUGUAAAUCGAGGAAACCUGCGCGCGGCUUCCUUCUCGCGCGAACCUUUUUCGACAAACAGAACCGAACCGAACCGAACACGAUUUACUUUCUCCGAGAAUCGGAUAACCGCGCGUUCAAAAUCAUAGCGUUCCCGCUGUUUCGCGGCUAGGAAAUCACAAGACUCGCGAUGCCGCGUCCCGUGAUGGUGAUUGGAAAAAUCGAGCGGUAAUUUAUCCGAUCAUUUAUCUUCGUCUUAUCAACCGCGUUGAUCUUCGCCGCGAUCUCCUCUAUGAUCUCCUGCACGAUCGCCUCUCUAUGAUCUCCGGCUGCGAUCUCCGCUGGGCGAGUGGAUCCGGAGGAACCCACCACACACCAUCGAUCGGUGCCUGAUCGAUGCACGCAAGCCGGUGGGGACCGUGGUGGAGAAGCUCUGACCCAGUGAAUCUGUUGCCUGGAUUUACGCGUAUUCGGCGCGACCUAGAGGGCAUCGGUGCGACGUAGGUCGUGACUUGACCCACACACACGGUCCGUGAAUCCUCCUGGACGUCGGAGGCGACCGCGAGGCGGGAUGUAGAGGAGCUUCGUUGGAGAGAGGCGAUGCUCACACGUGCACCUCGGGGCAUUCACGAGUUGGCAGUCGGCUGUUGAAACCCGCCCGGUGAAUGCCUCUCCAGCCUCUCGUGCACGUAUUUUUACCGACCUUUCGAUACACCCAUGGGGUUCGCGUACACGCAGGAAUUUCCAACCUAGGCACGAAUUAUCAUACGCCAGCAGUGUAAUUCGCAGAUGCGCGAAUCCAGCAAACGAGGAUCCGACGUUGAAAAGCCGAGUGUGGUAAACGUCGACAGCCAGUGACGCGUGACACAGACUUGGAAGAAAGUGAAACGUGAUUCUGCCGUGGACAGGAAGUUAUAGGACGGCUCGAGCUGGCCGUGGAGUUUCACUCGAUUUUAGAAUCUACGUGUAACAACACCGCUCUGUUCGCACAGAGAAAUUCAGUGCAAUUAAAACGACGACACGCAUCGGCUGGGACCUCAUGCGAGACCGUUCGAGCGAUCCGAACGUGUAGAUUGCGGUUCGACUUGGUCGUUGUGUCUGCUCGCUGUAUUGGUAAAUAUUGCCACUCGAAUACCAGCAGGAGAUAUCCCGAAGCUCACCAAGGCCUUGGAACUCGAUUUAUGAAUUUUCGAGAGCAACGAUAUCCCGUAUUAAGAAUAUCCCGACUGGUUCCCGACUGUUCCAGAGAAAACACCUCGCGCAGUGCUACAAAUAACAGUUCCACGAAAGAAAGGUGCAAGAAAUCGGCUGCCUUAAACGGAAGAAAAAUGCUCCUCGCUCCGAGCGAGCAAUGCAGAGUAAUAACGGUUCCAACGAUUUUUCGCGUGUCAGUGGAUCACUAGGUUUUCUCUAGCCAUCCCGUCUGCUUGACUUUUUGCAAAAGGUCACAUAGACGAGUAUAUUUCGCUGGUCGCGUCGUUGUUCGCCGAAUCGAUUAAUUCCUCUUCGCGUCAACGCGUGUUUACUUUCCAUACACGAACAAAUUGUUCUAUCAGGCUGUCUAUUAGACUCUUAUCGCGAUAAAUCGCGGAUAAGACCGGGAGCCGAUUGGACGCGAGCAGCAUGAUUCGCUCGAAAUUUACAUCGGGACGCCGUUAUGUCGGUUUGCGAGAAAUUUGCACGACGAAACGUCUAAUGUGGCACUCGGCAAGAUGAAUGGCCGUGGAGGUUCCGCGACAGGACGCGUUUCGAAGGAACUCGUUCUUUUCCAUUCGAGUGCGCCAACGGUGGCGGUGCAUGAUGGCAGAGCACGGUGAACAAGUGUGGGAAUCGUCGGGCUACCGGCUACAGUGACACUAAUGACGUUAACGACACGAAGAUAAUAUGUCGCGUGAAACGUAGCAAGGACACGCGUACCGGUGUCGGUAACGAGACUUUAAUUGUGCGGAACUCGGGUUAAUUAAAGAGAAAAAAGAAGGAAUCUUGAUGGAACGAUUCGAGAAUGGAGGUUGAACCUGUAAUCUGAAAGUGCACGUGAGUGUACAUCGAUGAUGUUAUUCCACCAGAAUGCUCGUAUCUCGACCGAUCGGUAUAAAUAUGCGAUUAAAGGCGUAGAAAUCGUAUAAACGAUCACGCGGUGUAGUCGUAAAGAUAAUUUAUGGAUCCGUAUGCCGAGAUAUGAUAAUAAAGUCACGUUGCAGAGACGCGCUUCGCUGUCCUUUCGCCGCUGGAGAAAGAAGCGCCAGGUACACGCAGCUAUUUUAUAAAUGCUCCCUUCGAGGGGUCAGCCAAGCCCGUAAUUACGCAAGUACUAACACAGUCGCGAAGGCAGAGACAAUGCAGGAGAUAGCGAGAUAUCGGUGAGACAUCGUGCGAAAAAAAUUCCUCAUUGCCCAAGGAAUGUGGGCGUAUCGGGCGAGAUAUCUAAUCGAUAAGCAGAAAAAUCUUGCGGGUAAAGAGGAUUACAAAAAGCAUUCUACACGCGGUGAAUAUCGUUAACAUUUCCCUUAGCACUUGGACGAACAGUGCUGAGAGAACGGAAGAGACUCCGAGAAGUCAAAACGCAGGAAAAAAGUGUGAACCGAAGUGUUAUUUUUCUCGCGUUCUUUCGCGUAUUCGUAAAUUAUGCGAAUUUAUUAUUAAAUGAACUUUUAAAUUUCGAUGAGGACUGGUUAAAGUAGAGGAAAUUCGAAGAAACUGCAACUAGGAAGUCGGAGGUUACCGACAGAGGGUAAAAUGGGAAAUACAAGAUCGCAACCUUGCCGACGGGGCAAGUCGCUUUAUCUGUUCUACCUUAUCCAUCGAACAUGGAGUAUCGUGAUUGAUCAUCGGAAGGACCAAGGGCGCUCGGAUGAUACCGAUCGAGAAACUGAUUUAUCAUCGAGGUGCAGUGGAUGCAACGCGUGCGAUUAUGGUCAAGACAGUCUUACGUUCGACAGCGAGACGGACAUGGCUCCGAACGCGGAGGAGGAGUUGCUGGUGGUAAAGCCGUGGGGGCCUCAACCGGAAAAGGAGCGAUUAAGACCACCUACGUACAACGCGGAGGACUACGCGAUCGCCCUGAGACGAUGGGGAAGACGUCCAUUAGGAAGUGUUCAAGACUCGCAGGGUACCCUGCCGUCGACAACCAGUUCGAGUUCCGGUUACGCUUCCGGAAGCGGCGAGAUGACCUUGAGACAAUUCACCUCGGUCAGCGAGCUGCUGAACAAGCUCAGGGCGGACCUCAGGCUGGCGUUUCCAAGCUUCGUCCAAGAAUUCGCUUCACCUCCAGCCGAUGGGAUUACGCUGCUCCUAGAGACACUUCGUGGCGUACAGCUGGCCCAAAGUUCACCACCCUCUUCCGGUCACACAGGUCCAAGAGUCGGAACCAGAAGAGCCGCUCUGGACGAGUUGGGUUGCGUGGAGUGUCUAGCUGCCUGCACCGAACGAUGCACCGAUGCACCGAGGCUCCUAGUGCAAGCUCAACCCGGUCUUCUUGCUCUGGCAGUUUGUCUGACUAGUAGCUUGAACCGGUCUCGAGUCCUGGCUCUCCAGCUACUGACCAAGGUUUGCCAGACACCCGGUGGCCACGCGAUAGUGUCGGAAGCUGUGUCCACGUUGAGGUUAAAAUACGGCGAGGGUGGACGAUUCCGUUUCCUGGCUGGUGCUCUCCUAGCUCCCAGAGCAGCCAUUGCACUGAGAGUCGCAGGAGUCUCGUUUCUGAACGCCUUCCUGAAAUCUGCUCCACGAACGCAAACCAGAUUAUAUAUUCAGGCUGAAGCCUGCGAAGCUGGACUAGAGCCGCAGGUCCUUCAAGAAUGGCUGAAAGAAUUGGACGGCAGGGAAGAGGACGCUUUAAACGAUCUUCUACAUAAGGAGGUUCAGAAAUGGUCGCACAACUGCGUGGACGUGGACGCCCUACAGCGAAGAGUCGUACGUGCCGAGGAAACUUGCAGGAUUCUCAGCAAAAAGGUUUCGGCUCUGCAAACGCAGCUUCAGCAAAUGCAACUGGAGAAGUUGAACAAUUACAACCUGGAGGAUCGUGAAAAGAUGACGGUACUGGGCACGAAGCAGUCGCCGAAAAUGUCCUCGAACGCCGAGGAUGAGGGCAUCAGCUCGUCCGAGAGAUCCAGCAGCCCGGAGAACACGAAGCAUCAGUCGCGAACGAACCAUCAGAAAGUGAACUCGUCUCCGGACAAUGAUCAGGAAACGACGAUCGAUGACGUGAUCGAGGAGCUGAGAAUCAUCGUGAAGGAUGCGGAAGAAGAGAUCGGAGAUAAGAACCACGAGCAGAAUCAGAUGGAUAGAUCGGAGCAGGAUUUUUACAACGAGAAUUCCUCAAAGGCGAAGUUACAUAGGACUAGCUCAAAGGUUUCGUUAAAUAAUUCUGAAACAUAUAUUUACGACAAGGUUCUGAAAAGAGAUCAUCAAAUGGAUGGCAAGAUCGCAAAGUCCAACACGAGUUCCAACGUCUCUCAGAGCGUGAUCAAAGGUGAACAGGUAACUUACUUUGGCAAUGAUCGAGAUUACAGUACAGAUUCCAGCGGUGGUAGAAGAACGAACGGAGACACGCGUAGAGUUUCCAAGUCCUCGGUGGAAGGAAGCGUGAAGAUCGUUGUAAAGGGACCCGACGUCGAAGAGGCAAUCGUUCCAACUAUUCUACAUCCCCAACCUCCUAGGAGGUCACCACCUUGUUUGUCAGCCAUCAUGGCAGUGAGGCAUUGUGACUUCGAUCAAGAAGAGGUAUUUAAUUCUCACGAUGAAGAUAUCGAAGAGGAAACCUUGGGCGAUGGUAGCGACUCUCUCCUUAGCGCUUCUAGACUGAAAUACAAUGGCAAAAAUCAGACUUACGAGGAACAGAUAAAGACCACCGAGAUCGAUCAUUUUCAAAAGCAAAGCAACAGGAAAGAAACAGAAAGCAGCGUCGAUGGUAAGUUGAAGAAGAGCUUCGACGAUCUUCGACGAUUCAGUGAAAGCGAAAUAAAAGAUAAGAAAACGAUUAGAAACUACGAAACAUCGUGUAACGUGAAAAGUAGAACGUCGAAUGAGACGAAAUCGAACAACAGGCAAACAGACGGGAUUUCCCAAAGACACAGCACCAAGUAUAGAAGCGAAGUGGAAAAGAGGAAGCUUCUCCGUAGAUCGGCGAGUCACGAUUACCUUGAAUCAAGUGCCUCCAGCCCGCGAUCAAAAAGAUCCAACAAGAGCAGAGUGGAGACUCAUAUCAGGAAGUUCGAGAGUCUGAAUUCGUUCGAUGAUCAUCGCAGUCUUCAAAGCUAUGGGAGACACGGUAGCUCGGAAAAUUUGAGCAAACAGGAGCAGUUCUUCGCAGAAGAGAGUUCGAAAAGUAGAAUGCGCAGAUCUGAGUCGUUUCACCAUGUAUCUCACAUAGCCAAAAAGGAUCAGUGUUCCUCUCAAGGUGGAAGCGACAGUGGAUUGUUCUACGUCACGGACUUCAAUCUUGAACCUCUGGUAACGCGGAGACCAAGAUCCAUCGAGGCUCCAAAGUCUCCCAAUCUGUUAACAAAGUCGUUGGAUAGAAUCGACGAAGGUCUGGACUCGAUGAUCGAUAUCGUGAUCAUGGAAGAGAAAAGUCAAUGGAGUUCGAAUAAGUAUCAGUCCAAGACGAAGAAGCCUCGAGAAGAAAGAACGCUUGUUAGAUCCAAGUCGAGCAGGCUGGAAGAUUCAAAAAGUUGCUUCGAAUUGGGCUCCAAGAGCAGAAAGGAAGAGUCGAAAUGUAAACACCUGAAAAGCGACGAAUAUUAUUCUGGUCACGCGAGCAACAAGCAAUUGAGAAGUGACGAAUUGUACGAGGAACAGAGAAACCGAGAAUGGAAUGAGCUUAAUUCCUCUAGGAAGCACAAUGAAUUGGACUUUGACUGCACUCCAAUGAUACUAAUGAAGAAUGGUGUAAGACACAAUUCAUUCUGUCAGAAUGAAAAUAUUGGCAACAGGUUCUCAAACAAAUCAAUGGAUUCGGGCAUUUUCGCUGGACGAACUUAUGACACAUUUGGAUUAGGAAAGAAUCGAUUUAAUGCUGGUAAAUAUUCAGGGAACCAGCAGAUGAAAGAAAGUCCAAUUGGAAGAAGAAACACGACCUCCUCUACAGGUGGAAAUCGUGGAAAAGUUACCGACGUUGUUUCGGGACUUUAUUAA